UAUCUAUACUUGUACUAAAAACAAAACAAUCAUCACCAUGUACGCAGCGUUGGCGCUGGUGCUGAGCCCCGUCCUCUUGGCACUUCUAUGGGCUAUCAUCAACCCGGUGGAGCGCUGGAAAACGAGGAAAAUCCCUGGGCCACCCGGCUUGCCGCUGCUGGGCCACCUCCUGAACUUUGCCACCGGAGAUGCGACUGACUUUACGGUGGAAGCUGUGAAAAAGUAUGGAAACGUUGUUGCGAUCUGGUUCGGCAACCGGGCGUGGAUCACCAUCGCCGACCCCGCCCUCAUUCGGAAGCUGGGCUUCAAGUUCCUCAACCGCCCCGCCCGCAUGACCGACUUUGGCCACGUGCUGGUGGGUCACAACGCGGAGGUGGACAACGCCGGCGCCUUCGUGGCCUCGGGCGAGGUGUGGCGCCGCGGCCGGCGCGCCUUCGAGGCGUCCAUCAUCCACCCCGCCAGCCUGGCCGCCCACCUGCCCGCCAUCAACCGCUGCGCCAACCGUUUCGUGGCGCGACUGGCCCGCCGCGCCGCCGCCGCCGCCGCCGCCGCCGCCGAUGCCAGCCUCGGCUCUGCCGGCGGCGGCGCCGCCCAGGGCGAGCAGCAGGGCAAGGCGGCGCUCGCCAUGAAGCAGCAGGGCGGCGGCGGCGGCGGCGGCGUUGAGAUUCUGACGGAGGCCGGCAACUACACAAUGGCGGCGGUGGGCGAGGUGGCGUACGGCAUCGACUUCGGCACCCUGGAGGACGACCUGGGCCCCGCCCCGGGGUCCGCCGCCUCCGCCGCCGCCUCGGGCACCGCCACGCCCACCUCCACCUCGGCGCUGGGGGCCCAGCUGGUGGAGGCCAGCCGCACCGUGUUCCGCUGCCUGCAGGUGGACCGGGCCACAGUCUACCUGCCCCUGAACCUGAUGUUCCCCGCGCUGCGGCCGCUGUGGCGCUGGAUGGCGGAGCACCUGCCGGACGCCGCGCAGACCGAGAACAUGCGCGCGCGGAGCAAGGUGGCUGAGGUGAGUCGGCUGUUGAUGGAGCAGUGGCAGGCCAACAAGGCGGCCGCAGCGGCGGCGGCCGCAAGCGGUGGUGACGGCGGCGCGGACGGCGGCGACAGGGCGGGCGGCUUCAAGGAGGUGGGCGGCGGCAUCAGCUCCAGCAGCUUCAUGGCUGCCAUGAUGGAGGGCCGGCGGGGCGCGGUGGAGGACCGACUGAGCGACAUCGAGGUGAUCGGCCAGGGCUUCACCUUCCUGGUGGCGGGCUACGAGACCUCCUCCAACACCACCACCAUGGCCUCCUACCUGCUGGCCACACACCCCGCCGCGCAGCAGCGCAUGGCCGACGAGAUAGACGCCGUGCUGGGGCCGUGGCGGGCGGGUGCCGGUGCGGGUGAGGGUGCCUGUGCCGGCGGCGAACUCACGCCCGAGCUGCUCGCCAAGCUGCCCUACACCGAGGCCGUGCUGCAGGAGACGCUGCGCCUGUACCCGGCCGCGCCCUACCUGCUGCGGGAGGCACGGGAGGAGGUGGACCUGGGCGGCGGCCGCGUGGUGCCCAAGGACUCGGUGCUGGUGCUGCACGUGCACUCCAUGCAGCGCGACCCGGACGUGUGGCCGCAGCCCGAGGCCUUCCUGCCGCAGCGCUACCUGCCCGAGGGCCAGGCGGCGCUGGGCCCGGCCGACCCCAACGGCUGGGCGCCCUUCGGCGUGGGCGCGCGCAUGUGCGUGGGACACAAGCUGGCAAUGAUGGUGACCAAGGUAGCGCUGGUGCGCAUGUACCAGCGCUUCCGCGUGUCGCUGCACCCCAGGCAGCCGCUGCCGCUCAAGAUGAAGACCGGGCUGGUGCGCGUGCCCGCGGACGGCGUGUGGCUGACGCUGACGGAGCGCUAGGUCAGGAGGGGCGGCUGAGGUGGCGGCGUUUGAGACCCUGCCCUGUAGGAUAUGGGAAUGAAGUGGUCUUAGGGAGUUGAGGGCCGCGGCCGCGGCCGCGUGCACAGUUGCGGUUGUGCCAGACUGCUGGCUCGGUUGGUCCCUGCUGUUGCUGUUAAGUUGCGUUUGCCGUGUCGGAGGCACAGAACCGGCUGCAAGCGGUGCGGUGGGGUAAGCAAGGUCGCAUGUUUUUUGUUGUUGUUGGUUACAAGGUGGUGUGCAUGUGACCGUGCGGGGUGGCGGAGGCCUUUUGAAGCUCGCACGCUUGUCCAUCGGAGAACACACAUGACUUCGCAAUAUCGUAUGCCUCAAUCGUAGACUCGUAAUGCGUUCGGAUGGUGUAGAAAUUAGGAAGGCGGCUGGCAACGCGCUGUGGAGGCUGGUGGGGCAUUGUCAUAGGGGCCAAGAUGGGGGCCAAGACUGCAGAGCGCAGAAUGGUAUCCCCUUCAGUCCUUCCAGGGAAGGCGCUGGGGCCUGGGGCGUUCUAAGCUCAGGGGUCGUAUCUUGCUUUCGCAGAGAUGCCUAGCUACGAGAAGUACGGCUGGGUGGCGGCCGUCUUUGUCUGGGCACAUGGCGGAUUGGGGACUAUUCAUACGUAUGCGGACCCGCCCGGCAUAGCUGGUGCCGUGUCCAUUGCCCAUUGCCAUGCACAGCGCCCUAGCAUGGCGCUGCACUGGUGGGGAUGUGGUCGUGGUGGAGGUGUGGUGUGUACGCGUUGGUGCCGCGCCGCUGCCGCUGCCGCUGCGGUGGCGGUGCGGCAUCAGCAGUGCGCAGUGCGCAGACGGUCUGGCGGGGCCGUCCUGGGCCGUCACCUCCAAGGCAGGGUCCCCGCGUGCUCUUCCCCCCCCAUCCCCCCCCACCCCGUUCCAUGUGACAUGGAUGAUCUACCGUAUUA